UAGAAGGCUUAGUAAGUUAAGACCCUGAAAAUAUGGAUUCCACGGAUUCAUCGUAGUGGUAGAAAUUGUUAUUUACCUCAACUCGACGAGUCUACUGUACGAUGAGUAAUUGCCAAACGUGUUGUCAACUCACCUUGGCCAUCCUGAAGCCCCAUAUCACCAAAGUGCCUCACGUUUUCCAGAGUGUGAGAAAUUGCAUUAUUGACAAUGGAUUUCAAGUGGUCAAGUCAACAAGAACAACCAUUUCAAAGCAUCAGGCGGCAGAGUUCUAUGCAGAGCAUGAAGGCCGUUUCUUCUACAAUCGUUUACUCACAUUUAUGUGUAGUGGUCCAUCUGAAGUUUAUAUCUUAGCUAGAGAGGAUGCAAUCAAAAAAUGGCGAGAGCUUAUGGGUCCUACUAAAGUCUAUCAAGCUGUUUACUCUGCCCCUGGUACCAUAAGAGCUGAAUAUGGACUCACUGAUACCAGGAAUGCAACUCAUGGAUCAGACUCCGUCAAAUCAGCUUUUAGAGAAAUGUCUGUGUUUUUCCCCAACUUUAACCAUGAGGAGUGGUUUCAGGAAGAGGAGCCUUAUUUUAGAGCGGGAAAAGUAGGUUUUGAUAAGAGUCAAUUUGUCCAUUACACUGUGAAGUCAUCACAACCUGUAGCUUAAAUUUCUAUGGUGCUUUGAACGCAAAAUCAAUGUCCAAUAUUUUCUUCUCAGAUCAAUAUGCAAGCAAGACAGUUCUUGAAUUCUAUCAGACUUAACUGGAUUGAGCUGUAUAAUCGAACUGAAUUAACUUUAGUACCACACAAAGGAGAUCUGUAAAAAAAAAAAGGUUGCUGGAAGCGAUCUUCUGGGUUCAUUAUUUCUUUUUUGUGAUCAAAUUUUCAGAAGUUGAGUGGUGGGCCAAAAAUCAUUUGGAAGUUAAUCCUCCCCUUUCUUAUACUUUAGUAUGCCCACUACUAUAUCCUUUUGUUUGUGAGUCUUCUUGUCAACAGUGAAUAUUUUAAAAAAAUAUUUUGUGGGCUUUUGAAAACUGAGUUACCAUUUCUUCACAACCUCUUGCAAUAAUAAUUUUCAAACACUAAUAAAAAAAAUUCUCUAUUUUAAUUGUGUCAUGAGACUUUUGGGUAUUGUGGAUGAGUGUGCAUGUGUAGGAAAGAAAGGAAUGUCAGUAUAACUUUCUUUAUCUAAAAUUUUUCCCUAGUAUUCUGUAGAUAUGUUAUGUAAAAAAAAACAUCAUCCUGUAAAUGAAGCAGACCUUUGUUGAGCCAUCACUGGCGCAAACUACCACAUACAUCAAAUUGCAAACAAAACCUGAAGCAAUCAAGUAAAUUUCUAUGCAUGUGUAAUACUUAUUCUUGUGUGUUAAUUUAAUGUCUAGUACUUAACAAGAAUUACUGCCAGGACCUUCUGGAAUACCCUGUAGCCAAGUUCUUUUCCAUCCUGGUCUAGCUGAAUGUGAUGCUUAGUGGUUUAUGAUUUCAUAUUCUGAGUUCAGGGAGCAUCAGGUAAACUCUGGUCUUCCAAUUUCCGUGGUAAAAUUUAAAUUUGGUUAUUGAUGUGCGUCACAUUGGCGAUGUACAAUUUCUCGUAUCUCCAUAUUUGAUAUAACAGUAGUUCAGAAAUUAUUUCCUUUCUUUCCUGUUGUGUAGGUGAGAAUGAUAGCUUAGUUGUAUUCUAUUAAGACUCACAAUAGUUUCUCUAUCAAAUUUUCAAUUUGUGUGCCAUGUAGCAGAAAGCUACAAUUAUCCUGGGUUACAAGCAAACUGCUCACUGGAGCAGAGUUCUUUCACAUUAUAGUUUUGUACAAAUCUAUAAAUAUAUAAUGCACAUUCAUGUAUAUGAGCUUAUGCAAUAAUUUUCAUUGGGGUAAUUUUUAAAAAGAAAUGUUACAUCUUUGGUGUGGAUCAGAUGGUUCUCGUUAACCUUUUUAGUUCUUUCUACAAAAUAUGUGGCGCUACAUAACUUCCAACCCAUUAGAUAUGUCCCAAAUUUAGCAUCCCUCCCCCUAAGUUAAAUGGUAGUCGUCAGAUAACUGCUUUCUUUUCUUUACAAUAUCUAGUUUUACUCUCAGUUACUUUUAAAGGUUUAUUAGGUCAUUUCCUCUCCCUUUUUUGAUUCCGCAAAUUUGUGUGAUCUUUCCCUAUUGCAAAGGCACCCUAUCAUAUCCUUCAAAUGUUUUUCUUUUUGUAAUUGUGUUUCUAUUUGCUGUUGGGCCCUGUCUAUGUGGUCUUUGUUAUCUGCUGGUGACAGUCAUGGUUUCAUCACGACCCAGGUAGAGAUGAUAUCUAUUCACAGAUCUAUGUAUGUGUAGGUAUGUUCAAUAAUAGAGUUGUUGUGGUUUGUAUUUUAUAUUUUUUGCUGAUGAAAAUGUGUAAGUACAUAACUGAUGACAUAGAGAACGGCUAUAAUAAAAGUGUAUGCUUGUCCUGUAA